AUGCCCAUCCCGCCCCGCCCCAUCCCCAACCACCGCCACCGCGCCCCUCCCCGCCCCCCCGGUAGCAACGUCCCCCGCAAGUCUCUACCUUCUUCCUCCGCUUUCUGCUCUGGUAGCGGCGAGUGGCGCGCCGAGAUGGCGCUCCUGCCUGAACUGCGCGCUUCAUCAGCGGGGGGCAGGUUCGGUGCGCUCAGCCCGACUGCUGGGCCUUCGGCGACGGCCGGUGGGGCGUUGAUAAGGGAAGGCGCGAAGCCUUCGCCUUCUUCAUCGCCUCUGGGGGAAGGCGAAGUGCACGAGAGAGAUGGUCGGCGGGAAGUGCCUCUGGAGAGAUUGAUCAAUGAUGGCAGGGGUAAGCGGGAGAAACGAGCUACGACGGCGGCAACGUUGGGGUUUGAUUUCGUGCCGAACCCGAGUGUUAUUGCCUUGCCAGAGAUGGAAGACGAGGCGAAGCCUGGGCUGCUCACGAGUACCAAGUCGACUGCGCCAGCCCUGGUACCCGACCGCGCGUCUCCAGCACUCUCCGCCACGCCCACCACCCCCGCCCUCUUCUCUACCCACCUCCAUCCCGACGCUUCUUCCGAUUCCGAAUCUGAAGGAGAAGACGAUUGGGAGCAUGUCUCCAUGUUUGGACGCGCCGAAGAUGAAGAAGGGGAUGAAGAGCGGGACGAGAAUGUGGAUAGUGAUGGCGAGGAGGAUGUGAUCGUCUUGGGGGAGAUGGAGAUGGAGGAGGAUAUGUCGAGGCUGGAUCUCGCGCCUCCUGCGCCCACGGGGAAGGGCAAGAAGGAGGGCAAGAAGGAGAAGAGGGGUAAAGUCAGCUAUGCGGCUGCCGCGCUGGGCGUGAGGUUGUAG